CUAGAUCUAGAUCUAGAAUCUUGAUGGCUGGCACUGCCCGACACAAUUUGACAUCUAAACACUUUUCACGAAUAGAUUAGGAAGAGAGCCCUUUUAAGAAAUGGAUAAUGUUGAUCUGAGCUGUGAUUCUGGAGAUACCGCCUCUCAGUCGUGGUCAGUAUGUCCUUCACUGGAUGAGCGACCCACAGACCUGGACCUCUAUGUGGAGGGUUGCUGUUUUCAUGUCCACAAAGAUGUUCUGGAACAGUCUUGUGAUUAUUUCAAGGCCAUGUUUCAAUCACAAAUGCUGGAGCAGACUAAAAGAGAAAUAAAAUUACACUCCGUGCAAUGUGAGCCAUUCAAAGUACUGGUGGAAGCCUUUUAUUCUGGAAGCUUGAGUUUAAAUACAAGCAAUAUGUUCAGCGUUGCAGAGACUUUGCAGAUGUUGCAAGUCAAAGAAACACUUUCUGAUCAGUGUAUUGAAUAUUUUCAACAGACCAUAAACUAUGACAAUUGUUUUGAGAUUUUGUUCUUUGCUGAUCAGUAUAGUAUACAGGACAUAUAUGAUGAGGCAAGGAGAUUCUGUCUGGCUUAUUUCAUUGAGGUGUGGCAUCAUUCUUCAUUUUCUUCUUUGACAAGUGAACAGUUGGUGAAUUUUCUGUCAGAUGAAAAUCUUUGUGUGGAUCAUGAAGCUGAGGUCUUACAGGCUCUGAAGAAAUGGUUCCACAAAAAUCCCAGUCACCAAGACAAGACAGCCGAGAUCCUCUCCUCAUGUCUGUGGCUCAGAGACCACCCCAAAGCCUUGGAGAUCACCACUAAAGCUGUCAUAAGUGCAGAUUCCCAGCUGUUCCAGAAAGAAAUUCCCGAUAUAUUCGCUUCUAGACCGAGGCAAGAGAGUGUUCUCAUGUUCUGGUCACUCCUGACAUCGACAGAGGCCAGUGGCUUGGUGGACCUGGUCAAGCUGUGUCCAGAUACCUCUCGAGGUCUUCUCCUCGACAGCAUGAGGACGGUGCUGGAGCUUCCUGGCUGCGAUGUGGGCUCGGCUUUGUGUUGUAGAGGUCCAUAUGUUUAUCUGUCCGGUGGCGGGCCUGGGUUUGGCAAAGUGAACUGGAUCCGAAAACUGUGGAGAUUUGACUGUAGCUGUGAGAGUGACCGAUGGCAGGCAGUUGGGGAGUUGUUUGAGACACGACGUCACCAUGCCAUGGUUGCCAUUGGCAACAAGCUCUAUAUCUUUGGCGGAUUUGGAAAAUUCAGAGUGAAAAACUCUGAACUGGACUGUUUUGAUCUGGAGAAAAAGAGCUGGCACCGCCUGCAGCAAAUGCCGACUCAUGAGAUUAAACCAGUGACAGCCGUCCACUACAACACAUUCUACUACAUAGACUCAGGGUGGGAAGUCUAUGCGUUCAGUUCCGACACUGAGAGGUGGAGUAUGCUGGAUAGAAGUGCCCUUCUGAAGCCUGUUCCCACCUGUCCUGUUGCCAUACACAUUGUUCCCGGCGUUCCUUUAGACUACUUCGUCGUUCUUGCUCAAGAUGAGCGACUACAUCUGUCUGUGUUUAGACGGCCUCAUUCGGGUGAAUUAGGCACAGCGUUGUACCAAGACUCACUGGAAUGUGAGGGAAAAUUAAAAUAUUCCGUGGUUGAAUCCAGAAGGUUACUCAUAUUUCUGGAACGAAAGGAUGAAGACUUUGGUGCCGAGGACAUGAGCGGGGAUGAGGAAUUCUCAAUUAUGGUGAAAUCUUACGAUGUGGGAGAGAGGAAACUGUCGGAAUAUCGUACUCUGAGAAAUAUAAAAAAAGCCCAGAAUGUUGUGACUGUUCCCGAGCUGCCCGUGUCUUUCCGAAUCGGUGCCCCAGUGUCUUUAUGAGACGGGCAAAGAACACUGUGUAUGAAAGUGUCUUUUCCUCAUGGUUCGGGGGGGGAAUGAAGUGCGGUGCUAUUUUAUAACACAACUCUGGGCGUGCCAAUUGUUUAUUUCAUGGGAUUGUCUCAGUGGAAGGCUUGGCUAUGGUAAAAAUUGAUCCCUCAGAUUGUUUGUUUGAGUCCACCCUAAACACAACGGACUUGACUCUUACUACAUACUAAAUAGAUCAGACCAGGUCACAAUCUUUAGACUCCGUUGUGGCCACAACCGACUCAAACACCAUAU